AUGCCUUCAGGCGCAGGAUUAGCGUCCAGGCCACCGCCGCUGGUGUCGCUGCCGUCAAGCUCGUCGUCGACGCAACCCAAUACCGCCCAACCAUCCCCUCCUCUCCGCACCCCGUGUGGCUCCGCCUUCCUCCGCCGUCUACACACCGACCCAAACGCGAGCCAUGUCACCCUCACGUCUGCUGCCAGCAGCCUCGAGAUUCCUUCCCAGAUCAAGCCACUGUACACGGCCGCAGGCGUCUUUGAGACGUCAGUCUCGACUGCCAAUUUGUUGACGACAUCGCUGUGCGGCGAGCCAGCCGCUGCCGUCGAGACCCCAGCAGCAGCAGCCGUAGACCCACCAUACGAGGACGAUGAUGACCCACGGGCGUCCCCGCACGUGACUGUGACAUCACUGCCCCUGCCCCGACCGCUACCGCCAACACACCACUCGUCACUACCAGAGGAACUGCAGCCAGUGCGCCAAAGUUCAUUUCAAGAACGCGUGGAUCGAGCACCAUCGGAGACUGUCAAUCUGGGCGGACCAUCCUCAGAUCGAGCAGCCUCAUUUGCGGCAGCCUCAACAGAUGCGUCUCCUGAACUCUAUUCGCAGCUGAUCAGCGAACAUCGCACGAGCUGGCAAGAGUUUGCUGCAGCCUACACCUGUGGCCGCUUCGAUCCCGUUCGGAUCCCUUACCCACCAGAGUUUGAGAUGGCCGCCCGGUAUGCAUCCAUCGGACGGUCCUCAAGCUCUCGAGCAGUAGCAAAGCCUCUCGAUGCCGACACUUUCCACGCCCAGCCUGGCACAAGCCAUCAAAGCACUACGGGAGCGGGCGCACAGUGCUCCGAGAAAACGCCGACUGUGUCGACGCCUGGACGGCAAAAGGCCUUUGAGCUAGAGAACUUGCCCAAGCCUCCCGUCUCAAAGCCGCCAAAGCUCACUCUGCCGGCCUACAAGGUCGCCGCAGCCACUAUGCGACUAGCGUCAUCCAACAUACCCGACUCCAUGUUUGCCCCCUUGUCGGUUCCUAGCCCAGAGCGGGAGCUGCUAGACCCCAUGGCGUCGUUCAUCUCGUCCGCAGCCACGAGUUCCAAGAGCAGCAGCGGCAGCAGCACCAACUCGGAUCCCGGUUCUGGAUUUGUUUUGAACCGCAGCAUGUCAAGUAUGUUUCCAGUCGGCACCCCACCACACGAGACAUUACCUACCAUUGAAGGAAGCCCAACCAUUGAAGGGAGCCCGACUGGAACACCAAACGAGUGCAGCGAUUCAUACCACUACUCCGAUAAGAAGGACAUUGCAAGUGCUACUGUUGUUGAGGUUCAGCCAAGAGGUGCCCUCCAUUCGAUCCCUGCAGCCUCGGCACCCCUUCUGCAAACCGAAAGGCCUGAACCGGAAGAGUCGGCGGAUGACUACUUCAGUGGACCCACAGUGCCAAAGGGCCCCGAGAUUGAAGAGCCUGGCUCUCCUGUACCGGUUCCGACCGUGCAUGCCUACCCACUUGUGCAUCACCCCCACGAGAUUGAGCCAUUUUACCAAAAGUAUGGUUUCCUACCGGCCCCUAUGCCUCCCCGCGAGGCAGAACGUCGUAAGGCGCUCUACAGCUUCAAUAUCCUGCAUACCGGGGGCGACGUCAACUUUGACCGUAUCGUCCACAUGACCAAGCUUGUGUUCAACACUCGCAUGGUCUUCCUCAGCCUCAUUGACUCGGACCAGCAGUGGUACAAGUCCCAGUCUGGCUUUGGCGGCUCACAGUCGCCUCGCAUGACCGGUAUCUGUGGACACUGUCUCUUGGUCAACAGCGACGAGCCAUUUGUCGUCCUGGACACUCAACUCGACUGGCGCUUUGCCCGCAACCCCCAUGUCGUUGGGCAGCCAAACAUCCGCUUUUACGCUGGCGCUCCACUACGUACUUCGGACGGCCACAAUCUUGGCUCGUUGUGCCUGGUCGAUGACCAGCCCCGCUCCGAGUUCACCCCACGCUCGAGGCACAUUCUCAAAGAAUUUGCCGCCAUCGUCAUGCGCGAGCUCGAGUUGUGGCGCGACAAGCUGCAGUUGCGUACGCGCGACAAGAUCCAGACGUCCAUGGAGAAGUUUACACGCGAAUGCCUCGAGAUUGACGAAAAGCUCACGUCGACCAACUUUGAGGCAGCGAGCCGCAUGGGCCAGGUCUACCAACGAGCAGCCAAGCUGGUGCACACAACCUUGGACCUCGAUGGCUGCGCCAUUCUUGACAUUAGCCAGUUUGAGCGCGUCGAGGUGCCGCUACCAGGUGGCGGCCACAGUGUCGUCUACCACGCCAACCCGUACCACGAGACUCAAUCGGUGUUUGAGAGGGUGCAGACGUUUGACUCCGUCAAUGCGUUCCCAGUACUGGCGUCAACUCCUGGAGAUGUUCACACGAGGCCCUUGUCGCCCUUGGAACACGAGCGGAUGGCAGCGUUCCUCGGUGACCAGCGCGACGGCAGGAUCUUUGAAAACGUUGCGCCGUCGUGGAUCAAGUACAUUUUCCCAUCAACGCUCAAGUAUGGCAUGGUGGUCCCAGUCAUCGGCAUCGACGGCCAACCGUUUGCGCUCAUCUGUGCUCACACCCACGACCGCGGGAAACAGUUCCUGGAGGGUUACGAGCUCCAGUUCCUGCGUGCUAUUGGUGUCAUCAUCUUGUCGGCCGUGCUGCGUCGACGAAUGCUCAUUGCCGACCGCAGCAAGAGUGUGCUCAUAUCUUCGGUCAGCCACGAGCUGCGCACUCCGCUCCACGGUAUUCUUGCCGCGACUGAGCUCCUCAACGACUCGCCACUCGACACCAACCAGGCCGCGUUCCUGGGCACGGUCAAGACGUGUGGCAUGCAGCUCAUCGAAACCGUCAACCACGUCCUCGAUUUCACAAAGCUUAACUCUGAGGCCAAGGGCAACGGGUCGCGACGACCUGUGCACUUGACGGAGCUCAAUCUCGCCGAGCUGAUUGAACAGACGGUGGAGAGCUGCUAUGUCGGUCAGCGUGCACGGUGGAUGCAGAACGGCGACAGCGAUCUUGGAAGCUACUAUGCGCCGUCCCAGAAGAACGGAUCACCCGACCUAGCCGUCAAGCGUAAUGGUGGCAACGUGAUGGAGAUUGAGGCCAUUGUCGACAUUGGACUGCGGCCUCAAGGCUGGAACGUGGCGUGCGAGAACGGCUCCGUCCGUCGCGUCGUCAUGAACCUCUUUGGAAAUUCUCUCAAGUUUACAAAGGACGGCUUUGUCCAGGUUGUGCUGCGCGAGAUGCCUCAUCCACCCGACGCCACGAAAAUUCCCGUCGAGCUCAUCGUCAUCGACACGGGCAAAGGCAUCGGCAAGACAUUCCUCAAGGACCAGCUCUUUGAGCCGUUUACGCAGGAGAACCCAUUACAACCGGGUACCGGCCUGGGUCUCGCCAUUGUCAACAGCAUUGUCCGCUCCGAUGCGAUGCAGGGCAGCGUCGACGUGUGGUCCGCCGAGGGUGUUGGAACCGAAAUCCGCGUCCAGUUCGAGGUCGAGCUUCGAGAAGACCCCGUGAGCCUCGGCAGCAACGUCCCUGAAUACCUCGCUGGCCAGGGCUACACCGUGGCGUUCCUGGGGUUCGACGUCGAGCACCGCGGCAUCGCCUUAGUACGCGAGGUUCUGCAAUCGUACGCCGAGUUUAUGGGGUUCGAGGUGAUCGAUAAUCCCGACCACGCGGACGCGAUCAUUGUGCACGACUUUGUCAAGAAGCGCACCGAGCAAGUCUACUCCAACAAGCCGCUCAUCCUCGUUGCAACGCUGCGGAAAUCGGACCCGGCGAUUCUCGCAACCAUGGGACGAGGAGCGUACACUGGUCUGGUUUACAAGCCCAUCGGCUCCAGCAGUGUCUUGAGGGAGUUGAUGGCCUGCGUGAAAUGGCUCAAGGCCCCGACCAAAGCGAACAGCGGUCUCUCGGCCCUCACGGCCAAGAUGACCUCGCUGUCCGUGGACGAUGGCGAGAGCGGUCACUUACGGCCUCGCAUGGUGUCCAACGAAAGCUCUCCAUCUCACCUUUCCCUGGACGCUCGCCCAUCGCCCCAGCCGCGCCUCCGAGACACUCGUACCACAGAGGUCAAGGCCGAGUCCAUGUCCAUGUUGUACCGUCGACGAUCGGACGAGCGAGACAUCAGCCAAGCCCCGAAGCGACCGGUGAUGGCGCCACGAGGCCUGACGUAUCACUCUGUUCCUCGGCCACCUCCCGCCAUGGACGAGAACUCGGUUGGCGCACCAGAAUCCCCCGCCGUCUCGCCCAAUUCACCAAAUUCCACAAUCUCGCUGGCGGACGGUGGCGCCAUGCUCAAGGCUGCGGCCUUCCCCGAAAUUACGAGCGGACGUCGUCGACCAGCGCGGGUCAUGGUCGUGGAGGACAAUGCCAUCAACCGGCGCGUGCUCACCGCCUUUCUGAAAAAGCACGGCUUCGAGCAUAUGGAGGCAGUGAACGGUGCCGCGGGCGUCGAACUGUUUGACGGCACCCCUCCCGACUACUGGGACGUCAUUCUCAUGGACAUUACAAUGCCGGUCAUGAACGGCUACGACGCCACCAGGAGUAUCCGCCGUAUCGAGAGCGCUCGGCGGUUCAAUAACAACAACAAGCACAGCCACGAUAAGGGCAGCAGCGCUGUCAACAGUCCUACAAUGCCGUCGCUCAACCCCCUGUCGUCCCACGCCAAGAUCUUUGCGUUGACAGGUCUCGCUACUGUGGACGAUAAACGGCAAGCCUUCGACUCCGGAGUAGACGGUUUCCUUGUCAAACCUAAAUAG